AUUAUCUAACAAUCAUUAAACAAUCUAUUGAUUUAUUGGUUAAUUAGCUGAAAACAAUUACAGGUUAUUCUACCUGUACUUCCUUAUCAAGUAAAAUAAAAAGACAGAACAAUUGUGAAAUGCCAUAAUACAAGUAAUGCCAAUAUUCUCACUUGGAUUGGAUAUAUUACCCCUUUGUAUUGUUAUUUGAAGUAAUUUUGCAAAACUAUAUCUGUGUAUUUCAGUAUCCAAAUUUAAAACGUUAUUUGAAGGAAUCAUGACCACGAAAAUGGUGAAAAUCGCUUUUGUUUUUAUUUCCUGCAUCGUUUUAUUUCAAUCAACCGGAAGUAUUAAGUUUGAAAAUGCAAAUUUUCAAGGAUAUUACACGUGGAAACCAGGUGACAGUCUCCGAGAGGACGAUUUGUUUUGUCCGAAUGAUUGUACCACCAAUCCAAAACCGUCAGAAUGUUGUUCUUGUUACGCCAUGCCUUGCUGGAAACUCAACGCCGACGCGUGUGGUGUAAAAGUUCAGGAAUUAUAUGUCGAGUACAAAAAUGUCUUAGGCGACUCAACCCUUAUUGCAAAAGAAAAGCCCAAUAACACCACUCUGUAUACAUUAACUCACACUUAUGGUAAGCUCAGAUAUUUCCCGCAAAACAUAUGCAGCUUUGAUGAGUCUCUUGUGGAAGUGGACUUAAGCAACAAUUACAUUACAGACAUUGGGGAAAUAAAAUGUUUGAAAAUUCUGGACUCCCUUAAGCUCGAUCAAAAUAAAAUUGUGAGUAUACCCAACGAUACGUUUACUAUGAUGGUAAACUUACGGUAUCUUUCUAUGAAAAGCAACAAUUUUUUAAAUCUACAAGCAAAUGCCAUUGCACUUAAAAAAGGUAACAUUUUCACCGUAGACCUUUCUUAUAACUUAUUCGACAAAGUUGAUGUAACGAAUAUUUUAAGAACGGGCGAAUUUUGUCAACUUAAAUAUGUGGGAUCUGAAAUUGAGAAUCAAACAAAUACAGACAAUUAUACAGUUACGGACAAAAAGUACGGUCCUGGCAAAAUUGACUUCACUGGCAGUAAAGGAGAGACGUGGCUAAAUUUCUCGAGUUUGGGUUUGGAACAUAUUUCCGAAUUCGGUAAACAUUUUGAUCUUGCACUCUUGUGGGACAACAGCUCCGUUCACUGUGAUUGUAAUAUCGUGCCUUUCCUGAGAGAUCUUGGAAAGUCAGCUUCUAAAUACUGGCCACGUCUCGAAGAUUCUGAUUUCAUUUGCAUUUCUCCUGAAAAAAUGAGAGGCGCAAGCUUAACGGACAUAUAUCAUAGUGAAGACUAUACUAACCUCACCUGCAACCUUCAAGAUUGUCCGGACGGUUGCACGUGCACCGAUGAGCAAUUUAUACAAAAGGUAACAGUUCGUUGUCGAGGUUUGACUAAAUUUCCUGAUUACAUGCCAAUUGGAUACUGGGGAAAUACUGAUAUAGAACUUGAUAUUGAAGAUAACGACAUUACUGAGCUACCCGAUCGUGAUUAUUUCUCAAGGGUGUCGGUGUUAAAACUGAAAGGGAACGUCCUUACUCAUCUACAUGAGAGAGCUAUCGAUAAAAUGAAGAAAGAAGUCGUUGUUGAUAUAACGGACCAAAAACUUCAACGUCUCCCUAUUACAUUUUACAACCUAAGACCUGACAGAAUUAACUUUGGAAAUAACUCAGUGCAGUGCGAGUGUGACAACUUGUGGAUUGGUGACUGGAUUCGAUUGAAAAGUACAAAUGCGUCAAAAACUUACUUAACCUGCUCGACAAAGAAUGGUAUUGUCGACGCAUCUUUGGUAACAGCCGGUUUUCUUGACUGUCAGCAGACGACACCCGAUCUGAUGCCGAUUAUUUGGAGCAUGGUUGCGAUGAUUGCUACCUUGUUCAUUAUAGGCGUUGGCGUUUACCACUUCCAGUAUGAAAUUUUGUUGCUCAAACGGAGAGCUAUGUACAAACGUCAUGAAAAUGCGUUAAACACAAAUAAGUACAUGUAUGACGUUUUUAUUUCAAUGUCCGAAGAUAACAGUGAGGUUUCUGAAUGGGUUAAAAAAUUCCUUCAUCCUCGUUUAUGCAAAGAAUAUUCUUGUUAUAUUCCGGCAUUCGAUAUCAUGUUUGGGGACAUUCGUGAUAGAGAGACCGAAGUUGCGAUCAAAGAAAGUCUCAAUUUUGUUGUUGUGCUCUGUAACAAGUAUCUACAAGACUGCGGCUCGUGUCAUGAAUUUGAGACAAUUUGGAAAUAUUUUUCGAUGGACACAGAACGACAGAUAAUUAUUAUUAAUUAUAUUCCAGUUGAGACUUCUGAAAUUUUAGAUAAAAGACUUCGCGCUUUUACACGGCUGAACCUUGACUUAAAUUUCAAAGAUCGUAAAACAAAACUCUAUGACAGACUUAAAAAAAGAUUGGGGGAGUGUAGUCAACACUUAAAAAACACAGUCGGGUUUGGGCCUCUAACUUCAGAGGAUUUGAUGUCACCCGGAAUAAGAACAGCUGACCGAACAGAAAGUUGCAUGAUGCGACAUCGAGCAAGAAUAAACAUUGUUCAUGGAGGACAUUUGCAUAAGGAUGUUUCUCCAUCAAACAUUAGGUUUUCAUCCAAUAGAUUAAUAUAGGAGAACGCUGUAUACA